AUGUCGGCAAACGGCGAGACUGUCCCCAAGGACGCAAGCGAAGUGACAGACACCGGCAAAGGCAAGGGCAAAGCGGUGGAGCAAAUAGGGUUCUUGGACGAGGAUGAUAUCGACGACGAGGAAGAGGAAGAAGAGGAAGAGAUAGAGCAACUUGAAGCUGAAGAAGAAGAUGAUGAGAUGGAAGCGAUUGAGCUGGACAACAUCGUCGAAACCCGGACUCGCCGCAAGCAGAUCGACUGGGCCGAAGCCGAGCAGAAGUCAAAGGACGCCGGAGACGAUUUGGAUGAUGAUGACGACGACGAUGACGAGGACUUCGAAGCCCCCGAAGACGAAGAUGAGGAGAUGAAAGGUUGA